AUGGCUUAUGAAUUUCCAAAAGCCGAUGCAUUGCAAUGCAUCCCCGAAAUUAAUGGGUCUAAGGACGAGCUAGAGGCGUUCCUCUACCACGUUCAACAUUUCGCAGACGAGAUUCCCGAGAAUGAACCUCAGACUGCAUUAAUAUAUGCGAUAGAAGUUGUGAUAGAGCAAAUUGAGACGUUACGACAGGUGCCAAACGAAGAAUUUAACUCAUACAAAAGACGCGCUUCAGAUAUAAAAGAAUUAUUAGAUGUAUAUGAAGACGGUGGAGGUAGCUCCGCCAUGGAAAAAAGUCUCCGAUUGCACUUCAUAGGAGGUUUAAGAAAUAAUCACUUGAAACAGAUGGCCCGUGGCAAGCGAAAUUUGAGCUUGGAUGGACUUAUGGAAUUUUUAGAAGAACAGUGUGAGGAAUGUGAGCAGCUCGCUGACAUAGAAAACAGAAUGCGUGGUCUCGAUUUACUCGAGCGGCAGCAAGGCGCGCAAGGAAGACGGUGGCAAUCUAGCCCGCCGAACAAUAACGCUCGCCAAAGAGAAAAUUCGAAUGGUAAUAGACCUUAUCAAAACAAUUUCAAUAGCCAGAACAAUAACAAUCAACGGCGAGACAAUAAUUUUCGCCGCGAAAAUUAUCAAGGGGCUAAUUACGCAACAAAUGCUCGCGAUAACGGUGGGCGACAAAAUUUUGAAAAUAAUGAGCGUUCUUGGAGACAAAAUUCAGAAAAUUAUCCAGGACCGCCACCGGCAAAUAGAAAUAACAGAAAUCAAAAUAGAGACGGCCCGAGGUAUGACAAUUACGACCAAAAUAAUCAGAAAAACAACAACUAUUCUCGAGACAAUCAAAGACAAAAUAAUGGGUGGAACCGCAACACACGCGGGUCGCCACCGUGGAACGGGAUAGUUAACAAUCGCGCGUCACAGGAUUGGCGAUACGAGCCAGGGUACGCAUCAAAUCGGGAACAUAAUAAUAGCAACAAUGUGAAUGGUCCCAGAGCAGGAACAUCUGGUAGCAAUAAUUACCAUACUAACAGUCACGGCUACAAUGGCGGUUAUAAUCAGUCAGGCCAAUAUUAUAAUCAACAUCAGCAACCAAAAAACUAA